AUGGAUGUCCCCCAAACCCAGAAUACUGCGCCGGUUCUCGAAUUUAGAUGCCUGUACACUCAAGACCUACGGCGAAAGCAGAAACGGUGGCAAGAUGGCAGACUCAAGUUUCACACCUUCAACAAACGGGUGAUGGUCUACGAUGAGCGGUCCAAUUUCGUGGGAGACACCCAUUGGCGGGAGGAUACGGCAUUCGACGAGGGCGAAGAGUUGGAACUUGAACGAGGCGGCAUAAUGGUCGAGGUUGGUGAGUGUGUUGGGACGAGAGAGCAGGAUCUUUCCGAGUUGGUGGACAAAAGGGUGAAAGACAGAGAAGGAAGGGCUGCUGCAAAGAUUGCUGCCUCAUCUCCAUCUCGACCUCAUGUUUCACUCAUCCGGACCUCUCAAGCUACCCCGGGUCCUCUUCAACACAAACCCCUGAAUGCUUUGCUCACCACAACUGGGCACUACGGAAGAGCUGUCAUACCAAUUACUUCUCCAUACGAGGAGAAGGAACGCCUCAUAAAUGGGAACCAGGAUGGAACGGAGAAUGGGAGAGCAUUAAAGAGACGGAAACCAAACGAAGGUGCACCAAGCCAGAGCGGU